UAAUUUGAAGCGCUUUAAUCAUGACUGUUACCUAUACGGCGGACGUCAGUUCCAGAAGGUUUAUAAGCAACUUUUUGCGCGUAUUGUUUAGAUGGCGCGGCAGCAUCUACAAGCUGAUGUGGGUUGACUUGCUUGUGUUUGUAUGCAUUUAUGUGCUCCUGGCGUUCAUUUAUCGAGUUUGUCUCAACAGUACAUUGCGCAAGGGCUUCGAGUAUGCUGUGAUGUACUGCAACAGCCAGUUGAAUCUGAUACCGCUGUCUUUUGUGAUGGGCUACUUUGUGGCCAUUGUGAUGACGCGCUGGUGGCAGCAGUAUACGACGAUUCCGUGGCCGGACUCAAUAGCCACGCUGAUCAGCUGCAGCGUGCACGGCUUUGACGAUCGUGCCCGGGCCAUGCGGCGCACAAUCAUGCGCUAUGUCUGCCUCUGCCAGACAAUCGUCUUCACGAUGAUCUCGCCCAGCGUCAAGAAGCGCUUCCCCAGCUACAAUCAAAUCAUCGAGGCAGGCCUGCUGCAGGAGAACGAGAAGCAAAUCAUAGAGACGCUGGAUCUGGCCUUUCCCCACUAUCCCAAGCACUGGAUGCCGAUCGUGUGGGCUGCUAGCAUUGUGAUGCGCGCCCGCAGGGAGAACAAGAUCCGGGACGACUACGCCGUGAAGACGAUCAUCGAUGAGCUGAAUCGCUUUCGCGGCCUGUGCGGCUUCCUGCUGUACUACGACUGGGUGAGCGUGCCGUUGGUCUACACCCAGGUGGUCACCCUGGCCACCUACACGUUCUUCCUGUGCAGCGUCAUUGGCUCGCAGUGGAUAGAUAAUCCGCAGAGUCCCACGGCCAACAAUCUGGUCGUGAAAUACUUUCCGAUACUGAGCAUACUGCGCUUCUUCUUCUACAUGGGCUGGCUGAAGGUGGCCGAGUCGCUGAUAAAUCCCUUCGGAGAAGACGAUGAUGACUUCGAGGUCAAUUGGAUGAUCGAUCGCAAUUUGACGGUUUCUUACCUGAUUGUGGACGAAAUGCACCAGGAGCAUCCUGAGCUGCUCAAGGAUCAAUACUGGGACGAGGUGUUCCCCAACGAGCUGCCCUACAUAGACGAAUCCAAACGCACUGCACCUCCAGUACAUUCCACAGCCAAACUGAUUCCAUCCCUGGAUAACAAACUGGGCUUCUAUAUGCCGCAGUCAUCGCACAGUCUUUUGAGUCAGAACACUUCAUCGCAGAUGGACAUGACGACCUCGCUGCAGAGGCUGCGAGAGAUCCUCAAGAGGCAGAAUGAGUCCGAGGACAAGCAGAGCAGCACCAGCAUGAAUCUGGAGGAGUUGAUCGAGCAGCGCCAUAGGGAGAAGCGCGAGCGACUGCGUCAUCGAUUCCUCAACAUGAACAAGCCUUCGUCGACUGGGCGUGGCUAUGUGGUUACGGUACUGCGUCCGCCCACGCCGCGCACCAGCCAGCGCUCCCUCAUCGAGGAGGAGAACGAGGCAGAGGAGGAGCAAGGCGAGGAGGAACAGACCAAGGAGCCAGACUCCGAUGCGGCCAACAAGAAGCCAGAUAAAUACGAGUGAAACGUAAGCCCAGGCGAUGCAAAUUAAAUCGUAUCAAAGCAGGCACAGCUGCUACUGCACUAAUUGUUA